UGUUCCACUCCAUCUAACUUCCUGUACCUCUCUUCUUCACUGUCACAUUGACUCUUCCCUCCUCGCACCAUGAACUUCAUGAUUCUACACUGAUCAUCCUCAAUCUCUCUCUACAAACUUCCAAUUCAUGGCUACAUCUUCUCUACUACACUUACCCGAACUCCAUUUCCUCUCUCCACAAAUCCCUCACCGUAACCGUUUCCCUCUUUCUACACGCUCCAUUUCCCGCCUUUCCACUUCCAAUGCCGCUCUUCGCAUCAUGCGAAUCCGUGGCUCCAAAGAAGACUCCGCGUUAGCAGAACGAAUUAACGACGUGGAGUGGAGCGGUAACGGAGCUGCCUCCCGCGGAUAUGUUAACGGCACCGUCAACAGAAGCUCUGUGGAGUACGGAUAUAGAAACGGCGUAGCUGCUACAGAGGUGGUGGACGUUGAAGCGUCCAAGGUGAAUGAGGAUGGGAGGAAGAGAAGGUUGGAGGAGAUUGGAAAAGAAGACGCCUGGUUUAAACAAACUGAGAAAGUUAAAGUUGAGGUAGCAGUUGCUCCUGGAGGUCGUUGGAGCAGAUUCAAGACUUAUUCUACAAUCCAGAGAACCUUAGAAAUUUGGGGAUUUGUUGUAACCUUCAUCUUUAAGGCAUGGCUGGACAAUCAGAAGUUUUCUUACAAAGGAGGAAUGACCGAGGAAAAAAAGAAGUUAAGACGGAAGACCCUUGCCAAGUGGCUUAAGGAAAGCAUUUUGAGAUUAGGUCCUACAUUCAUUAAAAUUGGUCAGCAGUUCUCCACUAGGGUGGAUAUUCUUCCUCAAGAAUAUGUUGACCAGUUGUCCGAACUUCAGGAUCAAGUGCCUCCAUUUCCCUCUGAGACUGCUAUAGCUAUUGUUGAAGAGGAGCUUGGAGCUGCUGUAGGUGAUGUCUUUGAUCAGUUUGACUAUGAACCAAUAGCUGCUGCAAGUCUUGGUCAGGUUCAUCGGGCAAGAUUGAAGGGACAAGAGGUUGUUGUUAAAGUGCAAAGGCCUGGUCUCAAGGAUCUUUUUGAUAUUGAUCUAAAAAACUUGAGGGUUAUUGCAGAAUAUCUUCAAAAAAUUGAUCCAAAGUCGGAUGGUGCAAAGAGGGAUUGGGUUGCUAUCUAUGAUGAAUGUGCCUCUGUCUUAUAUCAGGAGAUUGAUUACACUAAGGAGGCUGCGAAUGCUGAAUUGUUUGCAAGUAACUUUAAGAACAUGAGUUAUGUGAAAGUUCCUACAAUCUACUGGGAUUAUACCACGCCACAGAUUCUGACAAUGGAAUAUGUUCCAGGAAUUAAAAUAAACAAAAUACAAGCUUUAGAUCAACUUGGUGUUGAUCGCACAAGGCUAGGGAGAUAUGCAGUUGAGUCGUUCUUGGAACAAAUUUUGUCCCAUGGUUUCUUCCAUGCUGACCCUCAUCCUGGAAAUAUUGCAGUUGAUGAUGUCAAUGGUGGAAGAUUAAUCUACUAUGAUUUUGGAAUGAUGGGAAGUAUUAGUCCAAACAUCAGAGAAGGUUUGCUUGAAACAUUUUAUGGAGUCUAUGAGAAGGAUCCAGAUAAGGUUCUUCAAUCAAUGGUUCAAAUGGGUAUUCUUGUCCCUACUGGAGAUAUGACUGCAGUUAGGCGAACAGCACAGUUCUUUCUUAAUAGCUUUGAGGAGCGCCUGGCUGCACAAAGGAGAGAGAAAGAGGAAGCAACUGGCGAACUUGGAUUCAAAAAACCAUUAAGCAAGGAGGAAAAAAUAAUGAAGAAGAAACAACGUCUAGCUGCUAUUGGUGAGGAUUUAUUAUCCAUUUCAUCCGAUCAACCCUUCCGAUUUCCUGCUACAUUUACAUUUGUUGUUAGAGCCUUCUCAGUGUUGGAUGGCAUUGGAAAGGGCCUUGACCCACGUUUUGACAUUACUGAGAUUGCCAAACCUUAUGCUUUGGAGUUAUUAAGGUUUCGUGAGGCAGGGGUUGAAGUUGUCUUAAAGGACUUCAGUAAUAGAUGGGAUAGACAAUCUCAAGCAUUUUACAACUUAUUUAGGCAAGCUGACAGGGUUGACAAGCUUGCUUCAGUUAUCCAAAGAUUGGAGCAAGGAGAUCUAAAGCUCCGAGUUCGAACUUUAGAAUCUGAAAGGGCAUUCCAGCGUGUUGCCACAGUCCAGAAGACUAUAGUGAAUGCAGUAGGUGCUGGAAGCUUAAUAAAUCUUGCGACAAUUUUGUAUCUUAAUUCGAUUCGUAUGCCUGCAAUUGUAGCGUAUGUCUUCUGUGCAUUCUUUGGUUUCCAAGUGCUCUUGGGCAUUGUAAAAGUCAAGAAGCUAGAUGAAAUGGAACGAUUGAUAACAGGAACAGCAUAAACAACUACAAGUUUUCUAUUUUGGAUCUUUGAUUCGUGCUUUUCAUCUACGUGCUUCUCCAAAAGGUCAUUAAGUUAGUGCAAGGCUUGAAAUAGCAUAUGAUGCAAGUAAGGAACCCCAAUAGAUCACAGAAGUGAUAACUGAUGGGGAUAUAGCAUAAUAAUAAGUUAAUGGCACUGGUAUCCAAUGUGGUUGAUGGGAUGCAGUCUUAAAUAAGUAAUUGAAUAAGGCAUACCACAUGGGGUAUGUUCGGUUACAUCCACGUGUUUCUAUAAACGAGAAUCCUCGAUGUCACUAGUUUGACUUUGGUCUCUGGAAUUUGUGUUCUACUAGGAGCUGUCUAUUCCUCUCUUUAAUUGCCAUUUCUUUUUCAAAUCGAGAUUCUUCAAAGACAGUGCCUUUGUUUAUGCAAGCUGAACCCAAUUUAAAAGGCACGUAUCAUGUUGCUAAAAAUAAAUCUCUACUUCAAGAAGUAUGUCGGCAACUGAUUAUGAUAAGUUAUACAUUUUCAGUCUUAUUCAAUUAAAUAGUAAUACUAACAAUGGUCACGUCACUCUAAAACAUGUUUCAGUGUUAUGUAAUGGUGCCUAAUAAUUUUAGUGAGACUAAAAGUAAAUUUUAUCCUAACCACAAAGAAAAUGUUGAAAAGAAAGUUAGAAAGUUAAUUCUUAGCACUUUCAAGAUGGUCCAAAUGCAUAUACAAGAUAAAAAUUAUAAAGGAUAAUAUAUAAUACCAAUUAGAAGUCCAAAAUUAUAUAUAAUACCAAUUAGAAGCCCAAGGGCAAGGUGUCUCUGUCUGGGUGGAUAUGAUUCUUCAAUGCCACCUCAAAUAAGUGGUAAAAGAUGAGAAUAAGUGGUAAAAGAUGAGAAAAUGUGUUCCGA